CCAGCCAGCAUUCAGCAGCAGUAGCCGCGACGUGGCUGAAGGGGCUUUCGGGAUGUCGUUGUCGUCGUCUUCGUCGUCAUCGUCGUUGUCGUCGUCGCGAUAAGAUCGUCGCGACGCGUUGUGUCAAUCGUCGCCGAUUGGUCCGCAUUAUCGUCGAGCGUGCGUGGUGCGGGUGCUUCGCGCUUUAUCCCGACGGACGAAAAAUCGCACCGAUUAGACGUAGUGGCGAACAUUCGAAAGUUCCUCGGGCGCAUCAAGAAAUCGUGCUCUCGUAUUCGUAGUUUCGCAAGUGCGCGAUUUCUUUGGAAGAGGAUUCGACGAAAGGUCUUGUUGAGGGCAAAAUAACGCACGAGUGCUUCAGCGGCGAUCCAUUCCGGCACGGUGGAAACAACGGUGAUUUUCUACGCGAUUUUAUAGUACGGCGAGAGGACCGUCGCAAAAGUGCAGUGAGAUAAAUGUUUCAUGGACAUCCGGACAUCGCAUUGGUAGCACCGUUGACUCAACGAUAGUUGCGGCGCGGUCGAAGGUGGUUCGAAGAUCGUCGACGGUAUGUCCCCGGAAAUCCACGGACUCCCGUGAAAAAAUUAUCUUCAGAACUUGAAGCGAACAUCGACGGAAAAUGGCGGACCGACAGAGAAGGAGCCGAUACUUGACCAUCAGUAUACUACAUAUUAUCACAAUAAUGUGCCAAGGUGAGCAAACAUUAUGUUAUCCCGCAUUAUCCGAAGAAUAUAUAAAUAUACGAGCUUGCGCGCGACAGGCACUCUCCGAUCCGCCGAUAUUUGCCGAACCGAUUCCAAAUGUCACAGUAGCACUGGGAAGGGACGUCAGUCUACCGUGUGUCAUCGAAAACCUCGGAAGUUAUAAGGUGGCGUGGAUACAUGUGGGUCGUCAAAUGCUACUCACCGUUCACAAACAUGUGGUCGUGAAAGUGCCCAGGUUUUCUGUGUCACAUGACAAUCAGAAAACUUGGUUGCUUCACAUUAGUAGCGUUCAACAAGACGAUCGGGGUUAUUAUAUGUGCCAAGUAAACACUAACCCCAUGAUAAGUCAAGUGGGCUUUCUUCAAGUCGUUGUGCCACCAAAUAUAUUGGAUUCGCUUUCUACCGAGAGCACUGUGGCAGUUCGAGAAAAUCAGAAUAUUACUCUUACAUGCAAGGCGGACGGAUAUCCACAGCCGAAAUUAAUGUGGAAGCGAGAAGACGGCCAAGUGAUAAGCAUCAAUAAACAUCACAAAGUGACCAUGUUUGAUGGCGAGCAAUUAAGCUUGACGAGGAUCACGCGCAACGAAAUGGGCGCUUAUCUCUGCAUCGCGACCAAUGGCGUACCGCCCACGGUCAGCAAGAGGAUCACCCUGGAUGUCGAAUUUUCUCCGAUGAUCUUCGUGCCGAAUCAGCUGGUCGGUGCGCCAACGGGCACCAACGUAACGAUCGAUUGUCACACGGAAGCUUAUCCCCGUGCCAUGAGCUACUGGUUUUGGGGGGAAGAAAUGAUUCUCUCCCAUGAGAAGUACACCACGAACAUUAUGGAGAACAGCUACCGCGCGCACAUGAGGCUCACCAUCAGAAAUCUGACAUCUAGUGACUUUGGUAGCUACCGGUGCAUUAGCAAAAACUCGCUGGGCGAGACCGAGGGAUCCAUCAGAUUAUACCCUAUUCCGAAGCCGUCGGCGGCACCGAAGGCGACGGAGAUCAAGAGCAGCGCCAACAAAGAAGGACGACCGAGCACGCCACCACCAGCAAAAAGGCUGACCACCGUGUGGCCCUCCUCGUACAACCCCUAUUCGAAAAGGACAGAGAAACCACCUCCAUACUCGCCGCCGAGUGAGGAGAGGGUCGACAGGCCCGAGCAGAAACUACGCGGUAGCCAAAGUACAGGAAGCGCGUACAUCAUCAGAUGGAGUGCGCCGCAGUUGAUGGUCGUGGCGGUGCAGUACAUUCUCACGGGGCCCUAUAUGCCCCCCUACGUGCCCCAGACGGCGAAUUAAGACGUCGGGAGAAAAGAAGUACCGUCGCGCCCGUUUGUCCGAGGUGAGGUCGUCGACGACACGACGAGGAGCCGGCAGUUCUGGGUUCCUAAAAUAUAUCGUCGUGUACCUUUCGCGCGAAACGCGCUUUUUGCGGAGCGGACGGAGUACGCGGAAUACUAGAGUACUAGUGGACAGGAAAUACGCUUGCGAACGGGUAAAUAGUUUACGACCAAACAGACACCGAUCUAUUCCGAUCCGGAAUGGAUUUUGUUUUAUGUAUUGCCGAUCGAAUAUUCUAACUGCGAGGUUUUCACGGCGACGCGACGUAUUACGUAAUAAUUUUAUUCUUACUUAAUGCAUGAUAUGAAAAUUCCUAAUCGUGCUCGAUAGAGUCCGUUUCGUUAUAAGCAUGUCAUCUAACUCUCUAACAAAAUUGUAUGAAACUUUUUGUGCGCAGGAUCAAUAAAUUAAUUUGCUGUAUUUAAUUAACGUUUACAUAUUUAAUAUUUAAACAGCUAAGUGUCGUCGAUACUAAUUGGCGACGAAUUGUGAUACUGAAUCUUAAGUAUUAAUAUCACAGAGUAAAUACAUUUAAAAAUAUGUGUGAAUAAUUUUAAACCAAGACACAUGAUAUAUUCGCAGCGAAAACUUAAACGGUUUCGUAUUCGAAUAAAUUUACUGAGUUACACAGUAUGGUUUUUUUAAGAGCUAGUGUCUGUGAUAUUUUUUUUUUAAUAGUUAACAGACAUAGAAAAAUAUAUAAUAAUUUGAUGAAAUUUGAUUCGAUUUAGUUGCUUUAACAUUUCCGAUAGAUUCAUGUCGCGAUAUUUAGAUGCACGUAUCAAAUAAAAAACCUACUGAAUAAAUAUUCUAUUGCGGUAAGUCUAGAAUCAUGGUUCGUUGUUCCGUAAUAUGCAGAAAAGUUCAUAAACUAACUUGGCAGUCAAACGAAAGAAUUGUGCGUUUUCUCGACGUGUGAUUUACGUAUUAUAUAGGUUGACGCACCUUGAGACCAACAUGUUAUACGCAAUGAAGAAGCGUCCAAGAGUUUCCUCUAGAGAAUAGGGGGAAUUUGAUUAAUGCCUCGGCACGUGAAAAAUAGCAGGGGCGCGGCCGCAACUCCUCGAAAUAGCAAGAGAGGCAAUGACGUAAGAGUCAUUGAAAAUAUUUUCUCGCAACCUGUAAAAAAAAAAAAAUGGUUGCAUGCCUUCGAAAAUAUCCAUUAAAAACUCUUCAUAAUGAAGUUAUAAAGUGUAACACAAAAAUAUCCGUAGGAAAACAUAUAAGUAUAUAUAAUGUGUAGAUAAUUUUGCUGAAAAUACGGACCUUGUAUAAAAACAGGCUUUAAUGCAAUAAUACGAGCGACAAGGAACAGAAUAGCAAUAAAAGUCAUUGCUUUUUAUACACAUUUUGUUGUGCGCAGGUUGUCAGUUUUAUGGACCAAAAAUAAAAUUUAUUACAGAUCAGGGCACAUUAUUGUCCGGUAAAAUUUAUAUGAACUUCGAAUGUUCGAUCUAUCACGGCGAGAGAUUAUUGCCUCGUGAAAAUUUACGAAUAUUGUAUGUUCAUUAAAUGUUCUCUCCGUUUAAUUAAGAGUGUAUACAUAUAUUCCGCAGCGAGAACGCUCUUGGCAAUUUUUAAUUAUCACAUACGUCGGGACAUUAUUAUUCGCUAAUUAAACGUCUAUAUAAAAUUCGCUCGCUCCGCGUACCUCAAUACUGCACUGAUUUCCACUACUGCCAUCAAAUAGCGCAUAAGACUGAUUCGAUUAAAAUUAUAAUAUAAGAUAGGGCCACUCUCGAGUUUACAGACUCAAAGAAGCUGGUAUUACAACUCGCGAUUUAUACUCCUUUUGAUUACCUGAAAAUUAUGAUACUCAUCUGGGUACUGUAAUUGCGUGCACCCGUUAACGAAAUAGUCUCGCUCGGUUAUUACUGUAAGAGAAUCGCUUUGCACUGUUAUAAGCGCGCUACAAGCGCACGAUUCCUAUCGAAGAAACAAUAGGUCGUGACUGAAUUAAUAUACGAGCGUGAAAUUAAAUUACUUUAUGUACAAAGAAACGAGUAUAUCGAGCAGCAACAUUUCUCUGUAGCUGAAAGUCUCUGCGCGCCGCGGUUAAUUGCUUCUUCUCAUUCAUUACUCUUUAUAUGCGCCAUUAUACAUAUCAGAACUUCGGCGUUUUGUACUCUAUGUUAAUUACAUUUUAGUUAUCGAACUUUAUUAAGGGAUUUUUUUUAGAACAGAAUCAUUCCAAGUUGUAAUAAUGUUCAACCGAAUUGUAAUGAAUAAUAUUUGUUAAAUUCUGAUUACAUAUCUCUAUUACGAACUUUUUCAUUUAACAAGUAUGCUUGCAGCAAUUAAAAAUUACAAUGUUUUUUUCUGAACAAAUAGAAGCCACCGCUUUUGCAAAACACAAUUGCCUUAAAAGAAAAAGAUAUAUCUGCCUUAAUACACAACAAAUAACAUGUUAAUCUUUUUACACCGAAUACCGCUUCGAAUUUGCAUGAAAGCCAUUCGUCAUCCGAUUAAGAACUAUUUGUGCUUUACACGAAACAAGCCAUAAAUUAGUAUAGAAAGUUUCGAUCGCACAAAGAAGACUUCGACAAAGUAUUCGAUCGGAAAAUCUCGCAAACAGCGAAACUUGUGUUGAUUCAAGAUUGAAAAGUUCAGCUGUAUGUGUCCGACGAGGUUUCAAGGAAAAACGGAAUGCAAAACUAUAUGCUUUUAACGGCAAAAUAUAGAAAUCACGUUUCUAUUAUUUAAUCUUUAGAGUAAGUACACUUUUAAUUAUCAACAAGCAUGAACGGCGACAUGUUUCGUGACGAACAAACUAUUGAUCUUGUUAAAAAAAGAAAAAUAGACCGACCAUCGGCGUAUUCCGAUCUUUCCCUCUCGGAAAUAGCACAAACAGCAGCCGUCGCUUCUGUAACGCGACACGACGAGAUUCGUUUCAGAGAGAUCACCAGAUUUGGAUAUCGAAAGGGUACACCUUGACCGCCGCUUUAUCUUGAUCCCUUUUCCGGAAAUGCGCGCGCGGACGAACGGGCGCGAAGCUUACACGCGCGCCCCACGAAGCGACGACCGCGCAACACGCCGAAAUAUACAAUCUCGUGCCGAUAUAAUUGUACAGCGCGACGGAGGUAUCAUUCCGUAAUCUAUGUAGUCCCGGUCGGAUGGGGGAUUAUGUUAAGCGAUGCGUGAGCGCGGCCACAGUCCAUGGCAAUCCAGGCGUAACAGAGAUACUGCUCGGUGACGUCGUUAUACUCGCACACAUGCGAAGUGCUUGUAUACGCAUUCCGCGAUUAUGUGUCGUACAUAAACGUACGUAUAUACAUUACACGACCGAUGUAUAUUUGUAUAUCAUAGACGAUAUGCCCGUGCAAUGCAUUACCGCGACUACAAAAGGACGCGUCCAGGGAUGAAUCUAUCUAGAUACUAAUGAAACGAGCUCCGCGUGCUCACGAUUAUCAAACUGAUUGUCUUAUAUGAUGAAUUCCGGCUAUAGUAUUCGUCAAGUUGUCAAAAUUGUCGAAAGAAAUCUUCAUCAUAAUUUUCCAAAAUUUAUCAGAUAUAUGUUGCAAGUAAGCGUCAAGCUCAGGGUCGGAUGUACGAUUUUGUGGCCCCUAAGCUAUGAUCUUAAGAAGGCCCCCUCUUAUUAACAAAAAAUACAUUUUUUUUAAUCUUUUCUAUACUAAAGAGGCCCCCUUAUAAUGUGAGGCCCCUAAGCUGUAGCUUAUCUAGCUUAUGUGUAGAUCCGGCACUGGUCAAGCUAAAGCUCCGUUAAAAUGAAAUCGGUGUCAAAUUCAAUAAAAAGGAUAAUUUUUCAUUAUUCAUUCACAUAUCAAAUUCUGGGACAGCAAAUUUUAUAUAAUU